UAACCUUUUGGGAGGAGAAAGCUUUCAAAACGUCAUAAUUUUGUUCGAAACAAUUGAAUGAUCUACAAUUAAUAUACUAAAUUGCAUUCAAUUGCGAACGGACUAUUAAUACGAUUGAUACAAUAACUUAUGAACCAAUUACUAGUAAAAGUGGCCAAGUUAUAAUCAAAAGUAUAGUCAGUAUGAAGAUAUUAUUUUUAAUAGUUAAUUUUACAAUUUAUGUGACCUGUGUACAAUCAUUUUGUGAUUGUGGUCUUGAAGGUAUAAGAUCAAGAAUUUACAAAGGAAAGGUUACUCAGACACACAAGUUUCCUUGGAUUGCUCAUUUAAGAUUCACACAACCUGCAAGUACUGAUUAUUACCAAUGCGGUGGGACUUUGGUUGACAAUCAACAUAUUGUUACUGCAGCUCAUUGCAUAUUUGAUUCAAAUGGAAAAUUUUAUCAACCUGCUAAUGUCCAAGUUUAUCUAGGAAUCUUGGACAAAUAUCGAGAUAUCAGGACAUCUUUGGCUGUUGAGCGAUACAUUUAUGAUGGUCAUUAUGCACCUUCUUCACCAUUACACUAUGAUAUUGCCAUUUUACGCUUGAAAGAACCAGUUCAAUUUUCUGCAACCGUCUAUCCAAUUUGUAUUCCAUCUUCGGACGAUCAAAUUUAUCGAAGAUUAACUGUUGCUGGUUGGGGUGAUACUGAUCCAUCUAAAACUGGAAGUGCAGUUUUAAGAGAAGUUGAUGUUGAUUUUAUUCCAAAAUCAACUUGUUAUGAAAUGCAAUAUAACUAUUGGAUCAGAAAGAGCAAUUUUCAGCAAUAUUACCGAUUUAAUUUGCCCCCUAUCCAUGAGAAUCACAUUUGUGCUCUUAAUACGCUAACCAGUGGUGCUCCAUGUAUAGGUGAUUCGGGUGGACCAUUGAUGUUCAAAGAUCCACAAAAUGGUCGAUGGUAUCUGAUUGGUGUUGUUUCUGGUGUUGCUUCUAGUACUCGGGAUUUUUGUGGAGUCGAUUUGGGUGUUCCCGGUCUAUUCACAUCUAUUUCAAAAUAUCGAUCAAUGAUUUUACAAUCAACUUAUGGAGUUUGUAUGAGACCCUAUUAGUUAUAACAUCAUAAGCUUUGUGUUUGAGUAACCAUUUAACUUUAUGAAUCAAAUAUAAAAUCUGUUAGCAUAAGUAAUACGUG